AGUUCGGCUCAAGGUUUGCCGCUGCCCCAGUCGCAGCCCGUUUCGGCUCUCAUGGCUGACUGCCGUGGAGCCCGUUCGUCAGAGAAUACGCUGGAGGUGCAAGAGGUUGCGGCGGAUUGCCCCUUCGGCAGCAGCCGCUUCAGCAGGCUGACGCUGCGAUUCUCUGACAGUGGUCUGGAAGAUGGGUUCGCCAAGCGCCGCGGGCCGGAGCUCAUCUCCAUCAUGCGCAAGUGCGCGGUGUGCGGCACCGUUUUGGCCAUGGCCUGCGUAACUCUGGAUCGGCCCUGGGACAACACUAUCGUUGACAUGCCCGACCUAACACUAUCAAGCGUUACGAGAGUCCCCAAGACAUGCACGCGAGGGAGUGCGCACGCGGGGUAGUGCUGGGCCUGGGUCUCCUAACGCUGAGCACGUUUACGGUGUGGUCCAUCCCGUUCGUCGGCAAAGCCCAUACGUGUGCGCUGGAGAUCGCAGCCCUUUGUGUUAUUUCAGUGGGGCUCAUUGUGUAUAUAUUUUCGACGCCAUGGUACAGCGCAUGGGCUUUAGGCUACGUGCCAGGGGCGUUUAUUAAAGGAUCAACGGAUACACACUUGGUGCUGUUCAUUGUUGGUAGACGACGACCAACAUGGCUUUGCCGAUCUGAUUCUUUAUCGGUGUGUUUCUGAAUCUCGUGUGCAUUCUAUGCUACACCGUUCCAGUUUUUGUUCUUGGGGGGCCCGAGAUGCAGAACGCCAUCAUUCACCUGUUAUUCUUAGUAUGCAUCGUUGUUCUAGCAGCUGUAGGGAAGCACAGCCUCGAGUACCACGAACGUUUCUUGUACGUUACCCUCCUCAACGAGAAGCGCCUGCGCUUCCAGUCCGAGUUCGCACUGUCCAACCUGCACCCGGAUCUGCCGCGUCGACUUCCAUCCCUGAGCGGAGAGUCGGUUCCGUCAACUUCUGAUUCGGCACGCGCCUUCGCGCUGGACACUGAUGCGCACGAGUGUGUGCGACGGCUUGCGCAGAUAGGGGAGAAGGAACAAUGGUUGAUCCAGCAAGACGACCUGAGCGUGGAGCCGCUUCACCUGCUGGGCGAGGGGGGAUUCGGAAAAGUCUACGCGGGGCUCCACCAGGAGGCCUCUGUGGCAAUGAAGGUUCCGAAAGGGUUCUUGACGAGGUCACAUCUAGUUGCCAUGACCAACGAGCUGCGCAUUCUGAGAAGGGUCAGGCAUCCGAACAUUGUGUCUCUUUAUGGGGCCUGCCUCGACGAGCUGAGCGGUACAAUGAUACUGGUUCUUGAGCGGAUGACGGGAGUCACCUUGGGGCAUUUCCUCAAGGCGAGGCGAGGGGAGGGUGGAGCCGCUCCUGGCAUGCGAGGCCUCCCGAGUGAGGAAGACCGAGUGCAGAUACUGGUGGGCUUGUCGGCAGCAUUGUGCCAUCUGCACUCGCGGAAACCCCUUAUAGUGCACGGCGACUUGAAGCCAUCAAACGUCUUUGUUGUAAAUGAUUGUCCAUGGACGCCCGUCAAAGUAAAGCUGCUAGACUUUGGGCUUGCAAGGUCUUUGACUAAACAUGCGAACCCGUUGGGGGGAACUCCCCGUUGGGCAGCACCAGAGGUUUUCCAUGGCCGCUCAAGACCCAGCACUUUAGCAGAUGUCUAUUCGUUUGGCCGCAUAAUCUUCUUCACGGUGACUGGCCUACAGCCUUCGGUCAUUCGAUGGACUCGGAUGCGAUGAAAGAGCAUCAGCCUCACCACGAGCUCGAGAUUCUAGUUGGCAACGGACUUGCAGGUAAGAGCAAGUCUCUCGUAGAGAAGUGCAGCAGUCGCGAGGUUACGAUCCGGCCGUCCAUGCGGGAGGUGCACUCAGAGUUAUUAGCUUGGAGGGAAGAAGUGGUCGGAUGUGUUUCCAAUAAGACAGACGGAACGUCCAACUCUGGUGAUGUGUCGCUCUCGGCUUCAGUGGCAAGUGAGCCACGAGGAAUUACUGGACAGGCAGACGAGUUUCUCUCGGCUGAAACGAUGAGGGUUUAGCCGUUGGGCUGGAGCGAACACCGUCUUCAACUGUGAAGGUUUUAGUCGACGCGUGCACCAGUGACGCGGACCCCGGCGGUCCUCGGUGAGGCCGAGGAGGUCCCGCGGUCGGCUCCCAAACUUGGUUGGCCCAGGUACCCGCGCCUCCGCGAGGCCCUCGGGGCAGGUGUCCUCAUGUUGAGGGAAGAGCAACCAUGGCCAAGAUGUCGCGGGAUCCCGUCGACGCUUAUUUUGGUCGAGAUUGUUUUUGUAUCUUGUGAACUCCUGAAUAGAUCCCCCCUUCUGCCCAAGGCAUCCAGCACCUGCACUCUGGCGUGACAGCUCGUUCGACGUCAUUGCGCGGAUGAGCGCCUUGCCACCCGAAGCUGUUCGUUCUUGGCGUAGAGAUUUUUUUUCAUUGCAGCGCAAUCUUGCUUGUCAAUUGCCGCGUGCAGCUGAAAUAGAGUGAAUCCGGAAGGGGUUCUGGGGGGGUG